AGCGCCAAUUUUUACAUCUGGGAGCUAAAAUUUGCAAUGGAUUUCACAAUAAGACUUUUACUAUGUCCCGAUUCGUGACAUCCUUACAAGUAUCAAGCAAGUUUCCACUGAUGUCAGGCUGUCUUUAACAGUGAAGGUGAAGCUAUCCACUGUUAUGAAGAAGAAUGUUGACUUAAGUGCCAGCAUUGGAACUGGAAUUGUAAAAUGGUGGAAAUGUUAGAGGAGAAACGCUUUUGGAUUAUUGGAUUAUACGGGGAUAUCUAAACCAUUGGAAGUGUUGGACAGAUGCAUACACAAACACAGAUGUAACAAAUGACAAAAAUUCCAUCUAAGUAUCGAAGAAUGGGUAGGAAUUGCUGGUUCUGCUGUGACUAGUCAACAAGCUGGGCUUUGAUCAGGGGCGAAAACUUGUGUAUAUUGUAAUGACUUUUAUUUUUUAUAGACAAACUAGACUGUGACAAUGGAACAUUACAUUAAAAAACAAAUGACCAUUGAAGAAAUUCCUGAACUUCUUGAUUUUGUAAACUAUGGAAAUAUGUCAGAAAUUAAUGAUACAUCCGACAAUAUUGAUUAACACUUUAUUUUUGUGUGAUAGAGUGAACUAGUGACGAAGCUCAAAAUCUUGAUCAUACCAGUGAAGUUCACUUGCCAGCGAAGUUCAUUAAGUCCUUUCUGUCCAUCCCUGCAAUAACUACUGCCAGUGUAUCUGAUGUAAAUUUGUCUGUAUCGGGGCCUACUACAACCAAAAAUUUAUCGAGUAAUUCACCUUCUUCUCAGACAAUAUAUGCACAAAAAUGUCUCGGAUUUUUUUAAAAAAAAGAACAUACAGAUGAGUGGAAUGCAAGAAAAUAGAUUUAGAACUGCCCAACAUUACAUGGUGGAAUUAUCUCCUGCCCCCUCCAGCAAAUUUGAAAACUCCUCAUGUAUUUCAAAACAUUUGUUACACAUGAUAUUAUAAAAUGAAAUCUGUAUUCAAAGCAACUUGUAAGCUAAUCGAAAAGAUGGAGAGGUACUCAACUGUACACAGGUUGAAACUGAACAGCUUAUGGGACUUUUAUUCCAAAUGGGACUGAUAAAAAUGCCAGCUAACAAAUUGCACUGGCUCUGCAGCAUGUAGAUAUCAUCCUACUGCAGAUAUAAUGAAUUUAAAUAGGUUCCAAAAACUUGAAAGUAUUUUCAUACCGAGGGUAACACCAACCAAAAAUCAAGAACAGGUCCAAAAUAUGGUAAACUAUUGGAAAUACGGCCAUUGCUUGAUACUCUUCUUCAAGGUGUGAAAGCAAUUUCACUAGAAGAAUAAAAUUCCAUCGACAAACACAGUGCACCUUUCAGAGGCUGCAGUGUAUUAGAAAUAAACCACCCAAAUGGGGAUUCAAGAUUUUCAUGCGAACUGGUUCACCUGGAAUUAUGGUAUAAUUUUCAUUCUUAUGUGGCAAAGAUACUUGUGGUGAUUUUGGACUUGGUUUUUCUGCGGACAUAGUAACGGCACUUUGAAAUUUUUUUUUUCUCGGUAAAUCUUGACAAAGUAUUCUUUAAUAACUGGUUCUCAUCCUUGCAACUGGCAGUAGUAUUAAAACUUAAAGGUAUACUCUGUAUUGGUACUAUUAGACAGGACAGAAUGGGGUAUUGUCCUUUGGUAAAUGAAAGAGAUCUGAAAGAAGCGGAGCAUGGUUGAGAGUUGAAACUAACAAGGGGAGGCCACGAAGUUUGGAAUGCGGAUUUACUGCAAAUUUCAUACACUUAUAGUACUCCCUGAGGACAACAAAAUAUGGAACCAGUAGUGCGUACUUCUCAAGCAUUAUUGAGAAAAUCUCAAGAUAAUUUCAGUCAUCAAGUAUGUACCUGUGCGUGGCCGUUAUUAUCACGAAGCACAUGCAGCCAAGUGGUUAGUGUCCAAGCCCCGUAAUCGUAAGUCGUUGGUCGCUGGAUUGAGUCCCGUUCGUCACUUUUUUUUCCCCAACACAGUCAUAUUCUUUACUAUUUAUAUUACAAUUGAUAUAACAGGAAAAAUACGUGUAAUCAGAUGAACUUUUAUUAAAUUUACAAUGUCAUUUGGCAGUCUACAAAGUUUUAUCAUCACAAAUAAUAUAAUACUCAUAACUACCGACUAAUAAACAACCAACGAGGGGAGGGCCAGGGUAUAAUGGGGGAUCAUUUGACGGUUAACUUGCGUAGCGGUGAGACCUUGCUUAUAUAGCAGGAAGAAAUAAUGUACGUGCGAAUUGUUCGUGAAGUAUAAAACCUUACAUCGUGACUAGAAAAAUGGAAGUGGCACCCGGUUCGGCGAGAAAUGCAGACAAGGAAUGUCAUGAAUAUUCACUCCAUGUGCAGUUGUGAAACGUCGUUUGAAAGAUGCGUUCGUAUAUUGUGAGAGUCUUCUUCAAGAAGCGGACGCCAUUGAUACAGAAGCAUCAGCAACAAUUUCUGCCGAUGGUGAUUGGAGAAGAACUGUAUUGGGCUACCAUGAAAAUGUUAGGAGAAAAAAUACUCAUCACUGACGAGGACCUUAUUCAUUUUGAUGAAGUAGACAUAGAAGAUCAAUUCCGUUAAGUCUAAGAAAAUUCAUCUGAUGAUGAAGAUUAUGAGCCAGCAGAAAAGGCGUCAAAGGGCGAUUAUGUUCCAUUGGAGACCAAAAUAAAAGUUGUUAAACUGGCAAAAGAACACCCCAAAUGGAGUCUUCGAACUCUCCAGAUAAAAGGGUCUAGAAGUUUGACAAGAAAAGAUGAAUUGAAGAGAUGGGAAGAAAACAUAAAAUCUGGAGGAUCAACGAUCGAUAAAUAUUCGGUAAUUGAUGCGUGGACCUAUGACCAUUUCGUUGAGUCUCGCCAAAAUUAUGAGCAAGUAACAACCAGAAACCUACAGCAGUGGGCUUUGGCUGCUGCAAGCCAAUUCCAAUCUGAGAACUUCAUCUUCAAAGCAUUGCUUUCAUGGCUAAAAAAAUUCAAACUAUGGCACAGAGUUCGGCAGAGGAAGAUCACGCAGUAUGUGAGUUUGAGGGAAUGCGUGUCUGCGGAAGAAACGUUGGAAGCCAUGAGAAAGUUUCAAUUGCAGACAAGGGCAGUCAUCCGGAAUUUCGAAAAAAAAUUUGUUAUCAAUACAGACCAGACAGGUUGCCAGUACCAGUCCACAAACAACAGAACUCUCGUCGAAAGAAAUUCAAAGAUCAUAUUUGUCAGAAAGCGCAAUAUGAAUAAGGUGACGCACUCGUACACGGCACAAUAUAUGAUAACAUUGUGUGGCGAAUUAUUGCCACACGUGUUUCUUUGUUUGCGAGAAGCCACGGGGCACUUUGGACCAAAGGUUCAGAACACCAUUGACAAAUUAAUGAAAGAUCUUCUGAAUGUCGUCGUAAUGAGUUCGAAAUCCGGGAAACUUACCAUGCAAUUAUAUUGUUCAUUUGUAUCUAGCGUCAUGCUUCCCUAUGUGAAGAAAGAAAAAUUCUUAUUAAUAAUAGAUUAUUGGGGGGAUCAGACUAAUCCUGGUUUGUACGACGAAAUUUUCACCGAUGACGAAGGACUUGGAACACGUAUGGUUAAAGUCGUACCUCCGAAAUGCACGCCAAUUUACCAACCGUGCGAUGUUUAUUUCUACAGGCAAGUUAAACAUUUCAUUGAGCAUCUUCAAAAUUGUUCUUAUUUAAUCGAAAGAGAAAUUGCUACUUGUGAAGAAGCCAUUAAAAUACACUCGAUACUGCAUGAACAAUUAUCAGUGCCGAUAUUUAAGGAAAUGCUGUGUUAUGCGUGGUUUGCUUCCAAAUUAUCAGAUGAAAGAGAGGUUUUUAAAAAUUUUACCGAGGUUUGUUUUCCCAUGGAAAACCUCAAAAGACCAUGCGUAUGUGGAGCAUUUAUUCAAUGCAGCUGGUGCUGUUUAACUUUGUUUUCCAUGUUUUUACGAAAAAUACCAUCCUGAAACUUGUACACGUAAUGUUGAAAGCGAUCAUUAGUUGUACACCUUUCGAAAGCUGUCUGUGGCAGUCAAAACAUGAAGGUAACAUGUAGUUUCGGGCUCCUUCCAGGUAUAACGGAUUUCUCAAAUCACGGACAAGCAAACAUUUUCAGUAUCAGUUUAUGUUUAUAUUGUUUAUAUGGUGCGGAGACCUGGACAUUGAGGAAGGAAGAUGAAAGAAGUUUGGAGGCACUAGAGAUGCGGUUAUGGAGAAGACUGGAAAAAGUGAAAUGGGAACACCGAGUAAGGAAUGAAGAAGUAUUAAGAAGGGUUGGAGAAGAAAGAGAAAACAGAACUAGAUUGGACAUUGUUUGAGGAGGGACUGUUUAUUGAAGGAAGGAAUAUAAGGAAUGGUAGAGGGGAAAAGGGGAAGAGGAAGAUAUCAAAUGCUGGACAAUAUCAAAGGAGACAAAUAUUCAGAAAUGAAAAGACUGGCUACGGACAGACAAAAGUGGAAGAGGCUUAACUCACGACAAGACCUACCGUAAGGCAGAAUACCAUAAUACUACUACUACUACUACUUCUACUUCUACUUCUUAUGCGUUUGGUCGUUUACUAGUCAGUAGUUAUGAAUAUUAUAUUAUUUGUGAUAAUAAAACUUUGUAGACUGUCAAAUAACAUUGUAAAUUUAUUACAUGUAUUUUUCCUGUUAUAUCGUUUGUAAUAUGACGAAGGACUUGGAACACGUAUGGUUAAAGUCGUACCUCCGAAAUGCACGCCAAUUUACCAACCGUGCGAUGUUUAUUUCUACAGGCAAGUUAAACAUUUCAUUGAGCAUCUUCAAAAUUGUUCUUAUUUAAUCGAAAGAGAAAUUGCUACUUGUGAAGAAGCCAUUAAAAUACACUCGAUACUGCAUGAACAAUUAUCAGUGCCGAUAUUUAAGGAAAUGCUGUGUUAUGCGUGGUUUGCUUCCAAAUUAUCAGAUGAAAGAGAGGUUUUUAAAAAUUUUACCGAGGUUUGUUUUCCCAUGGAAAACCUCAAAAGACCAUGCGUAUGUGGAGCAUUUAUUCAAUGCAGCUGGUGCUGUUUAACUUUGUUUUCCAUGUUUUUACGAAAAAUACCAUCCUGAAACUUGUACAUGUAAUGUUGAAAGCGAUCAUUAGUUGUACACCUUUCGAAAGCUGUCUGUGGCAGUCAAAACAUGAAGGUAACAUGUAGUUUCGGGCUCCUUCCAGGUAUAACGGAUUUCUCAAAUCACGGACAAGCAAACAUUUUCAGUAUCAGUUUAUGUUUAUAUUGUUUAUAUGGUGCGGAGACCUGGACAUUGAGGAAGGAAGAUGAAAGAAGUUUGGAGGCACUAGAGAUGCGGUUAUGGAGAAGACUGGAAAAAGUGAAAUGGGAACACCGAGUAAGGAAUGAAGAAGUAUUAAGAAGGGUUGGAGAAGAAAGAGAAAACAGAACUAGAUUGGACAUUGUUUGAGGAGGGACUGUUUAUUGAAGGAAGGAAUAUAAGGAAUGGUAGAGGGGAAAAGGGGAAGAGGAAGAUAUCAAAUGCUGGACAAUAUCAAAGGAGACAAAUAUUCAGAAAUGAAAAGACUGGCUACGGACAGACAAAAGUGGAAGAGGCUUAACUCACGACAAGACCUACCGUAAGGCAGAAUACCAUAAUACUACUACUACUACUACUUCUACUUCUACUUCUUAUGCGUUUGGUCGUUUACUAGUCAGUAGUUAUGAAUAUUAUAUUAUUUGUGAUAAUAAAACUUUGUAGACUGUCAAAUAACAUUGUAAAUUUAUUACAUGUAUUUUU